AUGUUGUUCCGCAGCUUACGACCGGUACUAGCUUGUCGGUACGGGCGGCUAGGGGUGGGAUGUGGCAAGCAGUACCCGCGCCACUAUGGCAGCCAAGCUAACAUCAGUAAAGACACGAUCGAUCUGUACCGCCAGCAGUACGUGCGCGACUCGUGGACGAAUCUUACGCCGAAGGUGCUCUCACAUCUGGACCGGAACUUGCACCUGAAACGGCACCACCCGCUGUCGAUCGUGCGGGAGAAAAUAGUGAAAUACUUCUACGGAGCGUACCUGAGCCCCCGCGGAAACCCACUGUUCAGUGUGUACGACAACCUAAGCCCGGUCGUGUCGGUGGAGCAAAACUUUGACCAUCUGCUAAUACCCGAGAACCACCCGAGCCGGGCCAAGAGUGAUUGUUACUACGUCAACAAGGACUACUUGCUGCGGGCGCACACGACCGCCCACCAGGUGGAGCUGAUUCAGGCGGGACUGGACAACUUUCUGAUCGUCGGCGACGUGUACCGGCGCGAUGAAAUCGACGCCACACACUACCCCGUGUUCCACCAACUGGACGCCGUUCGGAUCGUCCACCAGGACAAGCUGUUCGAGCGGAAUCCGGAGCUGAAAAUCUUGGAAACGCGCUUCAAGACGCACCUGGCCAACGGGAGGCCCGACACGGGCACCAGCAGCCCGCUGGCCGAUUGUAUCGAUCAGCACAAACAGCCGUGCCACACGCUGGAGGCCGUGAAGCUGACGGAGCACGAAAUGAAGAAGCUUCUGGUCGGGUUGGUGCAAAAGUUUUUCGGUGAAAACAUCGAGUACCGUUGGGUGGACGCAUACUUUCCCUUCACGCAGCCCUCGUGGGAGCUCGAAAUAUUCUUCAACGGCAACUGGCUCGAGAUUCUCGGUUGUGGAAUUACGCGCAACGAAAUUUUGGAACGGGCCGGCGUCCACAACUCGAUUGCUUUCGCCUUUGGGUUGGGCCUGGAGCGGUUAGCCAUGAUACUGUUUGAUAUCCCGGACAUCCGGCUGUUCUGGAGCACCGACAGUGGAUUCCUGAACCAAUUCCGCGACGAUCGCAUCGUCAAGUAUCGGCCCGUUUCAUUGUACCCGCAGUGUAGCAACGAUUUGUCGUUCUGGCUUCCGGAAGGGAUGUCGGCGGACCAGUUCUCACUAAACGACUUCUACGAUACGGUGCGGACCGUUGGGGGUGAUAUUAUCGAACAGGUAACACUGAUCGAUCGCUUCACGCACCCAAAGUCGGGCAAAAGUAGCCUUUGCUUCCGGAUCGUUUAUCGGCACAUGGAGCGCACAUUGACGCAGGCCGAAGUGAACGCAGUGCACUCCAAAAUCGGUGCCGAACUAGUAGAAGCUUACAACGUUGUUGUACGAUAAAGACAAUUUAAAUGUGAAGCAAGUAUUUUUUUCUUCUGUAGUGAUUCGCGUGAAAAUAUUGAGAAUACUUUC